GCACGAGAGGAGUCCACGAAGAUCAUGAGCAUCCGCUUCGCCCAGCGGGAUGCGGUGAAAAACGACCUGAAGCAAGACAGGCGCGUGUACUUGGAUCGCCUGGUAGCUUCGCAGCGCGACCGCGAUGAACGGUGGGCCAGGAGGCUCCAGAAAAGCCCCUUCGCCGUAGAUCUGGUGGCAGAAGAUCAGCGCAUUGCAGAGGAAAACCGAGUCCGUGAGAUUGUGGAGAAGCGCCG